GUACGCCUGAAAAACAGCAAUUCCUCAAAAUGGCGGGAAAGCCCCUGAACAGUCCGCUCGACGAUGUCCUCGCCUCCCUCCUCGACCGCCGCCGGGAGAGAAACCAGCUGAGAAGCCUGACUAUCGUUCCAAAGGGCACCGUCGAUUUCUCUUCCAAUGACUACCUCUCACUCUCCUCGCAGCCGACCGUACAGCGAGCCUUUUUAGCUCGCCUCCAUGCGGCAGUAUCAUCCACCCCGGCUGACCACAACACCCGCCCGUCAUCGCUGUUGGGAUCAGGUGGUUCGCGGCUGUUGGAUGGCAACUCUCCAUUUGCCGAGUCUCUUGAAUCCAUGCUCGCCGGCUUCCACGGCGCCCGGGCCGGCCUUCUCUUCAACUCGGCCAUGGACGCAAACGUGGGUCUUUUUUCGUGCGUCCCACAGCCCGGCGACGUGAUUGUUCAUGACAGCCUGAUCCACGCAAGUGUUCACGAUGGAAUGCGCAUGAGUAGAGCCAGCAGACGAAUUCCGUUCGCCCAUAGCCGGGUUUGGGAGGAGAGCCCGGUCGGGGAAACAGCCUCGACUGCAAACGUAUCUUCCGCGGGUAGAUGUCUCGAGGGAGUCCUGAGGGGUCUGACACAGGGACCCGAGGGUGACCAAUUUCGAUCUGGAGAGAGAAACGUCUUCAUCGCCGUUGAGGGUGUCUACAGCAUGGAUGGUGAUGUGGCCCCCUUGGCUGACAUUGUUGACUGUGUCGAGCGUUACCUUGACCAGGGUAACGGUUACAUCAUGGUCGAUGAAGCACACUCAGCCGGUAUCUUUGGUGGCUGCGGCCGGGGCUUGGUGUGCGAGUUGGGUCUCGAGAAACGGGUGUGGGCAAGGGUCCUUGGUUUUGGAAAGGCCAUUGGUUGUGCCGGAGGCAUGGUACUUUGCUCGCCCACAACACGCUCCUAUCUCAUCAACUACGCGCGUACUCUGAUCUACACAACUGCCAUGGCAUUCCCCUCCCUCGCGAGCAUCGAGGCCACAUACAACUUUCUUGCCGCAGGCCAAGCGAAGCCACUACUUGCCCAUCUAGAUGUUCUCAUACAAGGGGCACACAGGCUCCUCCUACAAGCUUGCAGCCGACAUCGUCCUCCGCCUGACCUAUUACGAGUCCGUUUGGGAAAGCCACAGUCACCUGUUAUUCCUGUCCUUACUUCCCAGCCCCGGAACUUAGCUAAACACUGCCAGCAAAUGCGGUUCAUGGUGCGUCCCAUUGUCGCACCAACUGUACCCAAGGGAGAGGAAAGGAUCAGAAUAUGUCUUCACGCGAGAAAUUCCAUGGCCGAGGUGGAAGGGCUGAUUGGGGCGAUAGAACAGUGGCUUGUGGAAACUAUGAAGAGAGGGACUGAUCGAGAAGGGACAGAGACGGGGCCAGACACAGGCGGAGUGCCACCAGAAGAACGGGUAACUGGGAAAGCAAAAAUAUAGAGGGCGGUUACCGC